GCCUUUGGGAACGCGAGGACAGCCAGGAAUGACAACAGCAGUCGCUUUGGGAAGUACAUGGAGAUCAGCUUCAGCCACGCCCGCCUCACGGGGGCCACCAUCAAAACCUACCUGCUGGAGAAGUCCCGUGUCACCUUCCAGGCAAAAGAAGAAAGGAACUAUCACAUCUUCUACCAGCUCUGUGCCUCAGCCACUCUGCCUGAGUUCCAGGGCCUGGGUCUCCGUGAGUACCCCCGUGUCCUGCCCGUGGCCCAGCUUGCCACUAGCCUGGCCCAGCUGGGCAGUGCCUGGCCCUCCUGCUCUCCUCAGCUGCUGGAGGAGGCUCUGCUGCUGAUGGGGUGGGAUAAAGGAGGGGCAGAGUCCUUCCACUACACCUGCCAGGGCUGGAGCUCUGCCACCCAGAGCGCUGCUGACGCGGCCAACCUGGAGAGUGUCCGACAGGCCUUCUGCCUCCUGGGUGUCCCCGAGGCUGAGCAGCUGGAGCUGUUCAGCACCCUGGCUGCCAUCCUGCACCUGGGCGAGGUCACGGUCGGCAGGAGGGACCGGCACGGGGACAGUUGUGUCGUGGAGCCCAGCGAGGCCCUGGGGCUGUUCUGCACGCUGCUGGGCAUCGAGAUGCUGCCGGUGACCCGCUGGCUCUGCCACCGCAAGCUGGUGACUGCUGCAGAGAUCUACCUGAAACCCCUCUCCAGGCAGCAGGUGCUCAGCUCCCGGGAUGCCCUGGCCAAGUACAUGUAUGGGCAGGUCUUCAGGUGGAUGGUGAGCAGGGUCAACUGUGCCCUGCGCUCGCCAGAGGGCCACCACACCUCCAUUGGCAUCCUGGACAUCUACGGGUUUGAGAUGUUUGAGCACAACAGCUUUGAGCAGUUCUGCAUCAACUAUGCCAACGAGAAGCUGCAGCAGCUCUUCAACCUGCACGUCUUCAAGCUGGAGCAGGAGGAGUAUGUGGCUGAGGAAAUCCCUUGGGACUUCAUUGACUUCUGUGACAACCAGCCGUGCAUCGAGCUCAUCGAGGGCCAGCUUGGCAUCCUGAACCUGCUGAAUGAGGAGUGCAAGAUGCCCCAAGGCAACGACACGAGCUGGGCCCAGAAGCUUUGGCGGAUCCACCUGGGCAGCUCCCACUUCCAGAGGCCCCGGAGGCACACGGAUGCUUUCGUUGUCUGCCACUUUGCUGGCAAGGUGGAAUACCAGUGUGAUGGGUUUGUGGAGAAGAACAGGGACACUGUCCCUGAGGAGCUGGUGGGGCUGCUGCGAGCCAGCAAGUUCAGGGCCUCCCUGGGCCGGCUGAUGGAGACACUGAGCAGCACCACGCCCCACUACAUCCGCUGCAUCAAACCCAACGACAGCAAGCAGCCCUUCGUGUUUGACUCCAGGCGAGCAGUGGAGCAGCUUCGAGCCUGUGGGCUCCUGGAGACCAUCCGGAUCAGCGCCCUGGGCUACCCCUCCAGGUGGACAUACCAGGAGUUCUUGGAGAGGUACAGGGCUCUGGUGAGCAGGGAGGAGCUGAUGGGCUCUGACAUGAAGCAGAUCUGCAGUCUUGCCCUCGAGAGGCUGCUCCAAGACCCCGGCAAGUACCAGUGUGGGAGGAGCAAGGUGUUCCUGCGGGCCGGGCAGGUGGCUUACCUGGAG